GGGGAGAGCGGCUGAGGAGGGAGCUGAGGUGGAGGACUUAAGUGGGUCCCAGCAAAGAACGUGAAGCCCUACCACACAUCAAAGCUCGCUGACACCCUCACAUCAGCCAGUACUUCCACAAGCACAAACCAAGAAGCAAGCACCCAGACCUCAGCUGCGCAGAAUCAUCAGGGGAAAGUGAUAUGCCAGGAACAGCUCAAGAAAAGAAUGAAGUUUUAUCGUUUGCGCGUGUGCAUGUUGCUUUUGUUCUAGUUUUUGUAGUGAAGCUUUACCUGUAAGUCAACCAAAGACGAAUGUCUGGGUUGCUUUAGCCAAGUCUGCAGGCUCUGAUACCAUCCGUCUAUCUGACACAAGCCCUGACAAACCUUUUUCAACCUGUUUAGUUGGAGUACCUCUUCCAGAAGGUUUUGAUAAUGUUACUCUUGACAAAUACUGGCCAUAUGAUGAUCAUCACGUAUCUCCAACUCCUAGCCAGAGGCACCAAACUUAUAUUGAUAAUUCUAAAAUUGAUAACUCUGACCUUCAAGAGCUAGAAAUCCUAGGCUCAUUAACUAUGGACACCUGCUACUUCUUUCAUUUCCUAGGUGAAGACGGCCCUUAUUUAAACGUUACCCCUUACCACCCAGUUUAUAGCAAUAUAACUUCUUGGUGCAAUCAAACUAAGCUUCUCAUAUAUGAUGAGCCUCACGCAGAUCGUUUUAACAAACUUCCUAUUCAAUUUCCUAAAGGAAUUUGGCUCAUCUGUGGAGACAGGGCCUGGCAAGGUAUACUUUCAAAAAUAGAUGGUGGCCCUUGUGCCAUGGGGCAACUUACAAUAAUUGCUCCUAGUGUGAAAAGGGUAGUCAAAAAGAAAAGCAGGAGGAUUAGAUCCCCCUGGGGACAUCAAUAUGAGAGCGACUGUGAUAGUGAUUUUCACCCUUGGAACUCAGGAAAAUCAACUCUUAUAAGCAUUUUUCUACCUCAGAUAAGUUCCUCGAUUGCAUUGAAACAGUUAAACAAAUUAGGGUGUUGGCUCGGUAAAGAAGUAAAUGCUACUUCUACUAUAAUCAGUGAUUUGCUAACAGAUGAAGAAGCCGUGAAACAUGCCACUUUACAAAAUAGAGCUGCUAUUUACUUUCUUUUACUAGCACAUGGACAUGGCUGUGAAGAUUUUGAAGGAUUAUGUUGUAUGAAUCUGUCUGACCAUUCUGUUUCCAUUCAUAAACAGCUACAAAAUCUGAGGGAUUUAGCUAACCAAAUUACAACAGAUAACCCAUCCUGGCUAGACAAUUUGUUUGAUGGUUGGAGCUUUGCACCUUGGCUAGAGGAACUUUGUAAAGUAGGUUUGAUUAUUCUAAUAGUGAUAACUGUAGUUUUAGUAGCAGUACCCUGUAUACUUCAGUGUGUGCAGAAGAUAAUGAGUAAGACAGUAUCUAAUAUCUUAGUUGUUCAUCAGAACGGGGGAGAUGUUGGGGAAGAUGAAAUAGCAAAGCCCUAUAAAUAUGAUGGCCUGGCAAAAGAGUCAGAAAAUACAGGUUUUGAGAUGAAAACAAGGUUUGAAAUACCAAACCUUAAUUACUGAGCAUCUCGAAAACAAUAAUACAGCCAAGCUGAAAGCAAUCCCCCUUUCUGAUAGAUCCAAAAGUCAAAUGGAAUGUCCUGUCUCACCCCCAAUGUAUGGUUCAUCCCAUACCUGUAACUCUCCCCUGAAGUAUCAGGUGUCUGUAACCCCAUUGGCCCAAGUCCUGUCCCAGCCCACCUUGAAGCCCCCUGAUAAGGUGUGGCCAAGGGACCAGACUUCCUCUUGGACCUUCCUCUUGGGACGCUCACCUGGGACUUGUUCCCUCUCUCUCUCUCUCUCUCUCUCUCUCUCUCCCCGCUCUCCCUGGGUCUAACACAAGUUGCGGCUGGCAACUCCAAGCCGGGCCCUUCAUCCUUUACAAUAAACCAUAUGUUCUAAAGACCUGGCUUCAGAGAUCCUUCAGCACCACCCAUCCAAACCGUCCUGGAGCCCAGCAGUCCCCGCAGCGGGGAGAAGAAGAAGCACGGAGUUUGUUACCAGAGACUGCACUCACUGCUGCCCAGUCUGCUGGAACACAGAACUCCACGGUGUUGUCUGGGCACGGACGGGGCAGAACACCGCGCUCCUUUGCUUUUUAGUUACUUUAGCUAGCUGGGGCAGUCCAAGUUUUCCCUCGACUGGUUUUCUUUCCCUUUUCUUGGAUCCGUUCGAACCUGCUCUGGACCGGAACCUGGGGAAGCACCGAGAGCUUGCACUUUGUGGCCCACGGGGGGCUACUCUGGGCAGCAGCCUUUCCCAGUGCCAGAGGGACUGAAAACAGAGCCACCAUCCACCGGAGAGAUUUUCUGAAUCUGUCAUCUCUUCAGAGCGACAAAUGAGUUUUGUCAUCUGGUCUUGUUCAU